UAAAGUGGAACGGAAUGAUUAACCAUGCGCUAGUAUGGAGCUGCAUUAUAGUUGUUAUCACCGGAAGUGAGCCAUGCGCGGACUUGGACCCAAUGGGAUGCGCAAAUAACCUCAAUUUGUGCGAGGACCCUGUUUUAGCUCAGGAUGUUUGCGCCAGGACCUGUAAUUUAUGUCGCAUUCAAACAACACAAACAACGGUAUCUACUGAAACUAACACGAUAACUCCAGGAACUACUACACAAUUUGGACAAGUGAUUGACGGGCGAUGGUCCGAAUGGUCCGCUCCUGGGUCGUGCUCGAGUACUUGCGGACUUGGUGCUGUAACCAAAAGGCAUCGGACAUGUACUAACCCUUCCCCUGCAAAUGGUGGUAACAUCUGCAAAGGGCCAAUCUUGAAGUUUGACAACUGUCCAUUCGUGAAGUGUCCAGAUGCUUACACGGAUGGAAUUUGGACCGAUUGGAGUGGAUGGUGGGGUUGUUUAGGACAGUGUGGCCAAGCACUUCGGUACCGGUUCAGGCAUUGCGUCACUUCCGUCAACAAUGGCACGUGCGUUGGGGAGAGAAUAGGCUCUACGCCAUGUUCUGACCCAUGUAUUGUCAUACAUACAACACUACCAUCACCAACAACAACACCAGUUCUCUUAACGACGACGACAUCAAGAGCAACAACCACUUCAACGACACAUGCGGAAAGUACACUAUGUCCGGCAUUUUGGUCCAGGAGAGAUAACUCUUGUUAUUACUUCAGCCCCGUAACGCAGAGCUGGGACGCAGCUAAGACACACUGCAACUCCCGUGGGGCUGAUCUCGUUAAAAUUGAUGACAAGGCGGAACAGCACUUUUUGGUGGCUAAAAUGUUUGGUAUGGGAAUUGAUUUAUGGUGGACUGGUGGACGUGACAAGGGACACACGCACUACGCAUGGGAAUGGGAGGGAAAAGACAUUCCAUUUACGUACACGGAAUGGGCUUUUGCGGAAAUGUACAUAUUAGAUAAAGAAUGCGUGGCAAUUUCUUCACAAUACGCCUUCAAAUGGGUAUGUGAAAAAUGCAGUGCAGCCAUGAAUUGGAUUUGCGAAAAAGAACUCGAUCAUAGUGCGUCCUUAGUCGGAUAAAGAUAACGGACAAGGCAGGUGCGGGCGACUUCCUUCAUCUCUGACUUGUCAUAAUAUAUGUAUGGAUAUUAAAAUAGAGAUCAAGAUUUCAA